AUGGUUUCAGGAGGAGGAACAGCUGAUCGGGCGCCAACAGAUGCUGUGAAGAUCUUCUCCGCUGGAACAGCUGGAUGUGUGGCCGAUCUGGUCACCUUCCCCCUGGACACCGCCAAAGUCCGCCUGCAGAUCCAAGGUGAAGCCAGGAGCUUGUCUGAGGGCCAGAGGUCCAAAUACAGAGGCGUGUUUGGCACCAUCUUCACCAUGGUGAAGACAGAGGGGCCCAGGAGUCUGUACAGCGGGCUGGUGGCAGGACUGCAGAGACAGAUGAGCUUCGCCUCGGUCCGAAUCGGCCUGUACGACACCAUGAAGCAGCUCUACAACCAUGGAUCAGAAAAUGCAGGAAUUGGGACUCGUCUGCUGGCGGGCUGCACCACCGGGGCCAUGGCCGUGGCCUUCGCUCAGCCCACUGAUGUGGUGAAAGUCCGGUUCCAGGCUCAGGUCCGGCUGCCUGAGAGCGGCUCAGUGAAGAGAUACAGCAGCACCAUCGAUGCCUACAGAACCAUCGCCAGGGACGAGGGAGUUAAAGGACUCUGGAAAGGUUGUCUACCAAAUAUAACUCGUAACGCCAUCGUAAACUGCUCCGAACUGGUGACCUACGACAUCAUCAAAGAGCUCAUCCUGAAGUACAAACUGAUGACAGACAACAUGCCGUGUCACUUCACUGCAGCUUUCGCAGCAGGUUUCUGCACCACCAUCGUAGCGUCUCCGGUCGAUGUGGUAAAAACUCGCUUCAUGAACUCCGUUCCUGGCCAGUACAGUGGUGCGAUUAACUGCGCAAUAACCAUGCUGAUUAAAGAGGGACCCACAGCUUUCUAUAAGGGCUUCAUGCCCUCGUUUCUUCGUCUGGGCUCCUGGAAUAUUGUGAUGUUUGUGAGCUACGAGCAGAUUAAGAGAGCUGUGGUGAGACUUCAGCACUCCUGGGAGUCCACAAUCGGACCAGUCUAACCGCUGGUUUGGGUCUGAAGCUGUGCUGGCAUCAGUCAGUCGUGUUGGUUACGACUGCUGUCGGUCUGGGCUUGUUCAUCCUCAGGGAUAAAACUGAGUGUGUUUGUAAUUAAAGGGGACUUACUAUGCUUCUAUUUAGUUUCUGUCGUCUACAUAUAAUAUAUUACAGUGGUAGAUGUUCAUAUUAAACACGGUUAAAGUUUCAAAAAACAGAGGGAAUGCAGAUUAAAGGGAAAAGUCGGGCUUCAGACCACUUUGAAUACAAGAUUUCCAAAUAUUUUCAGCGAGGUAAAUAGUGGGUGCCUACCCUCAAUAGGCUUCCAGAAGUUGACCAAUCAGAAGAAAGUGCACUUUUAGGGAGGGGGGCCUUAAAGCAACAGUAGUCAAAACAACUGAUUUCAGACUAAAUUAAUUGAAGAGUUGUGUUAAAGGCAAGUUUAACAUAAAAAAAAACAUUGAAAAUGAGCGUAGUAGGUUCCUUUUAAAGAGUUCAAUUACAGGGACAAUUAAAGAUGACUUUUUCUUAUUUAAUUAUUUGAAUAAUCAAUGUUUUCUAUUGUUUUAAAUGACUUUCUUUCACUGAAGACAUUCUGACAUUUUCACUGUUUUCUAGAGACAGUGAAGAGUCAAGAUGUCUGCAGUGAAAAACGUCUGUUGUAGAAUGAAAUAUGGUGUGGAUGGUAAUGCAGAGCUUCCUCCUGUUAGUCAGCGCUGCAUUUACUUUGAAGUGAAUUUGCAUUUGCUGAGUACAUUUAUGCACACAAUGAAUUGGACUCCGGGUCAUGUGUCUGAUGUUGAACAGAGAUAUGUGAAUACAUAUAGAGACAAUAGAUUAAACUGUGUCUGUUUACUGUAGGAAGGAAUGUGUGCAGAAGUGUUUGAGUGAAGGGAGUGCAAAAAUAAAUAUUAAAUGUGUGAUUUAAGUAUUUU